AUGCUCGGAAGGCGGGCGUUAAAAGGCUGUUUAACUCUGCUCGGGAUAUCUAUCACUACCGCUGAGGAUCUUAUGAUAUACCUUUAUACGUCGAGGUUUAACUUCGAAGAAGCCGAGUAUACGUUUCUGAAGGAAUUCUUCUCUCGCGAUAAGGUCGAGACAGCUAACGAAGAGCAGAAUGAUAGUCUUUAUAUAUGCGAGUUUAAUCCGAUUAGCGAUAAUAAGGAAGAUAGGAUAAUAGUAGAGAUUAGUAAUAGAAGGGAGGAUAAGCAGCCUACUCUAUUAACUAGUAACGAGGAUUAA